AUGAGCAACGAAUUAACCGUCGACGAUGCGAUUUCCGAUGCGACUGAGGUGGGUAUGCAAGUGCGCUCCACCGCACUCUGUCCAUUUUUAUUAGCAACAAACUCAAAUUGCCACAAAAAGCGAGAACGCGACCGAACGGACACAAGACGAGACGGCACAGACCGCCCGUUCGGACCGAGAGGCUCCGGCCAAAAAUGUGCAAGCUCAGAUGGUCGACGAGGAUUUCGAGGGCGCCGAUUUAAGGUUCCGCGCUCCGGCCCCAGUGAAAUUCGAAGAAAAAGAGCUGAAAAAACUGAAAAAAUCGAAGAAAAAAUCGAAGAAGCAGAGAAUUUUGAAGUGGAAACGAGUCGACGUGGAGUUGAUCCGACGAAAAAAGGUAGAGAAGACGAUUUUGAGUGAAGGUGCGGUGCGUGGCGUCCACGUGUACAGUACCGCCUAAAAUAAUCUUUAGCGAGUGGACGGGCUCUCGGCGGACAGCUCACCUUCAUAAUGGGCUCCAGUGGCGCCGGAAAGACGACUCUGCUCAACGUGCUCACCGGGCGCAACAAAAGCGGAUUGGCGAUGAGCGGAGAGAUCACACUCAACGGGUACGUCGUGUUUGCGCACUUUCGGUGCUACAGUUCAUUAAAAUUUCACGAUUCAGACGCCUACUGGACGCAUCGGACCUGAAACGGAUAAGUGCGUACGUGCAGCAGGAAGACGUGUUCAUCGCCAGUCAGACCGUCUCCGAAGUGCUGCACUUUGCCGUCGAGAUGCGUUCGCCGAAAGUGCUGCCGCGAGAGGAAAGAGCCCGACUCGUGGAGCACAUGCUCUCCACUUUCGGCCUGAAAAAGUGCGAGCACACGAGGAUCGGCUCGUUGCGAGAGAAGGGAAUCUCGAGGGGCGAGAAGAAGCGGCUCGCGUUCGCCUGUGAAAUUCUCACCGAUCCUCCGAUCCUUUUCUGCGACGAGCCCACCUCCGGACUCGAUUCGUACAUGUCUCUGCAGGCGAUGCGGUGCCUGAAAGCACUGGCGGCAGAGGGAAUGAUCGUGGUUUGUACCGUCCAUCAGCCGAGCACGUGGGUCUGGCAGAUGGCCGAUCGGCUGAUCCUCAUGUGUCAGGGACGAGUCGCGUACGAUGGCGCCGCCCGGAACGUCGAACGGUUUUUGCAGAGGUAACAAGUUGUCUCGCAAGUUUAGGCUCUAACUUCCAAGCGCUACACUAGGCCUAGAAGUGAUAAACUACAAAAAUAACAUACUAGAUGUGUAGAUUCCGAAAAAAAAAAGUUUGACAGUCAAAACUCAUCUUCUAUGCGUCCAGAAUCGGUUCGCCACUUCCUCCGUUCGCGAGCGUCAGCGAUCAUUUCAUUCGAGUGCUCUCCCGAGCCGUCGACGAAUCGAAAUCCGACUAUGACCGUCGGAUGGACCGAAUUCUGCGCCGCCAGAAGACGUGCACCGAGUCUCCGGCAAAAAGCGAAUCGGAAACUCGAAAAACGAGACGGACGGUCGCUGCGCGCACUUGGUGUUUCCAGUUCUGCGCGCUGACUCGUCGAGGUCUUGUGCAGAUUUCUCGCCGGAAAAAGUACAUUUUGGCGAGACUCAUUCUCACUGUGGUUCGUCCUCAACCCACGCCCCUUGUAGCCUAUUUGCCUUCCAGUUAGUCUCGUGGUUCCUCGGAAUGGUCUAUCUCCAAGUGCCGAUCCACAAAGAUCACAUUCUCGGAAUCAAGGGCGUCAUAUUUGCCACGUUGCAAAUGAACAACAUUCUCUACAUGAUGCCCAGCCUCAUUGUACGUAUGCGCUCGACUUUACGACAAGUUACGGGACCACCCCAUGCUACAGUAAUCUUUGCAGAGCUUCUGGGACGACUAUCCGGUUGUCGUACGAGAAUAUCAGUCGAAUAUGUACUCGCCGAGCGCCUAUUUCAUGGCCAGAUCGUUCACAGACGUCGGGGAUCUAAAUGUGUUUCAAAAAAGUAUUGAUUUUUUUGUGUUUAGUCUCUUCUUCAUCUCGGCUUCCCGCUCAUUUUCUUUGGAAUCAUCUAUUCUAUGACCGGACUCCCUGUGACCGCAAUCGGAAUGUCGACGUUUUUGGUCAUGUGCAUUGCAAUGUCCAUGAUUAUCACGUCGUUGUGUGAGUUUUGCAAAAAAAUCAGUCGAAAAACAAAUCGCCGCGGGCUUUUCUGGCCUAGAAUUACCUAAAAAUGUGUGCGACAGAGCGCGAUUGCAUAGUUAGUCGUGAAAAUACGCGUUUUAUCAAAAAUCGAUAGCAAAAAUUCCAAAACGUCAUGUGUUUUGCAGCUCACGCCGUCGUUUCGCUGUGCGGAAACGUGACAAUGUCGAUGAUGGUGGCGCCGCUGAUCUCGGUGCCCGUAAUGGUUUUCGGCGGAUUUCUGAUCACGGUCGACGCGGUUCCGUGGUACUACAAGCCGCUCAGCUACGUCUCCUGGUACCACUACGCGUUCGAGGCGAUUAUGAUUGCGUUUUUCAAAGAUAUCGGACCGAUUGAUGGUCUGUCCUGUUUCUUUCAUUAUAUUUUCUUGAAAAAUUAGUCAUGCGCCUUUGAAGUACGGUAACAAUCGGUUUUUUGAGGAGAAAAACGCCAAAAAUGCUUUAGAGCGCAUAUAAACUUUCGUUUUUCAGGAUGCAAUCAAAAAGUGAAUCCGCAGUUUGACAUUGAAUGCUCGACGGGCCUAAAACUGAUUCACGAUCAGGACUUUGCCGUCGGCCACUUUUACUGGGACUUUGUCGCCGUCGCCGCGAUUCUCGUCUUCUGGAAGAUCUUCGGACUCUUUGCGUUCGUUUGCCGAAUUCGAAAAAUGAGUUGA